GCAGGAGUUGGAUCAGAAUAUUUAGCUCAGCCAUCUGGUUACAAUUCCUAUCACCGUGGAUCAGCUCAGCGACUUCGAAACAUUGUAAUACCUCCGCCUUCGAGACCAAGAAGCGUCGGUGAAAAUGAGGCCCCUUGCUUACCACCAGACAGCUUCCAUCCUCAUCGUCACAACACAUUUGUGGACCAGCGUAUUGUUGGCAAUAUCGUCUCCGAAAGUACAAAUCCAUCCGCCAUGGACGAUGAAGCACGAAGAAGAAGUUCCACGACUAGUCAGAGAUCAUCACAUGGCGUGUUUUCGGUACCCUACGUGAACAUUUCACCUCAAGAAGUCUUCAAUGAUGUUGCAGCUCCACCUCGAACGAGAUCUCAUGCAAUUUCCACAUCAAGCAGUCAAGGAAGUAUUCCAGAAACGCCGACGCAUACCGUAUUCCCACUAAGAUGGGACACUGGAGCUGGCUCAACUAAUGUGCUCUGUUACACGAAGCCCAUUUCCCCUGCUGUGUUGCCAACAAUUAGCGACAAUUCAUUAGGAGUUGAGGCGUCGCAACAGUCUGGCAGAUAUGUUAAUAUCACCGAGGCCGCCGGUCGACCCCUACUGGAACGUGAUGGCACAAACUCCCCACGUCCACUCAAUUAUGCAGAAGUGGGUGUGGGUUCAGAACCGGAACGGGUUCCCAGCAGGUGUUCCUCUGUUGGUCAACGUACAGAUAUUGAAAACGGUGCAGUUAACUAUACGUUGAUUGAUGCAGAACGAACCCAGGCCCUCCAAGCUGCGAAUGGAGAGCGCAGGCGUAACCCUACAGGACAUUGA